UUAAUAAUCCAGUCCUUAUAUUCUGCCUAUUUCCGAUAGCAUAUUGUCAUAGAGUGCGCUGAAUUAUUCGAGUCGUAUGUUUCAUUUUUAAUACUAAUGCUGUUAGAAUCUAUUUGUUGUAAUUACAUACAGAAUACCAACUAGCACGUGUUUUUUUCAAGCCAUCGUUUGUAACUUGAAAUAAAAAUAGAUUCAUACAGUUGAUUAAACAAGACAGAAAGAUGGCCAACAACAACAUAGCAUCAGUUGAACAUCUUAAACAGUGUGUUAAGCAGAAUGACCUUUGUGAAGCAGUAAAAUUUUUGAGUGAUGAUAAGCAUCUGAACUUUUAUGCUGAAAAAAGUCUGGAUGUUAUUCCUGUAAUUUUUAACUACCUUGAUAAAGAAAAUGACAAGUCAAGCUUCAGUUUUAUCAAUACAUGUGAGAAUGCUAUGGUAGAGAUUGCUAAGAGAGGUAAUGCAAAAGAGCUUUUAAUUGGAUUUUUGGAACAAGCUGAUCGAUUUAAAGAGGAUGUAUGUUUCAGGGCACUUAUUAAACCAUUGCAGAUUGUCUUACAGCGAUUACCUGGUAAGAGAGGAAAGUCAUUGGAAUGGACUUUAAACAUUUUGGGUGCUCAUUUAGAAUCUUUACCUCUGCCAAAAGACUACAAUUUGGAAGGUGAAGAAAGAAAACUUCUUGAUUUAGAUCUGUGUGUGCAGAGAAUAAUCACUCAGAUAUCAUUGUACCUACCUUUCUUUGAGCCUUUCGUGGAAGAAGUAUCAUUAGCAGCCGAGAAGCUGCAGCAUAUUAGCUACUUAGAUAGAGCAAUUCAUCAAAGACGUAUCAUAACACUGUUUCUGGUGAAACUUUUACAUCAUCCAUUAGGAUAUCUGGAUCUUUCACACACGGAGCGAAAGGCCAAGAGCUCUUCACGUGUUUGUGCUGAAGAAAUCAUUGCAUAUAUAAGUAGACUUCAGGGGAAUUUCUUAAAUGUUUACCAUUCUCUCAGAGAACAGCAAAAGUCCAAACUGUUAGAUUCUUAUGAUGAGCAAAAUAACUCUCUGAGAGAAGCUGAGGUAGAAAUGACAGUGUCUGAAAUUGCUUUAGGUGUUUUUGGCUAUAUGAUAUUUGGGGAGGAAGUGAACACUAAAAAUAUUCCUUCUUUAUACACUCAUUUGUAUCUUCUUGAAGAAAAUGUGAACAUUAUCUGUGUGCUUCUUGAAAAUCCCAAAGAAAUGAUCUAUUACAAAGGGCUAAUUCUAGCUCAAGUUUUGUUGGACAAGUUAAAAGUUGCUGAACUCUCUUCUAAAAAUCUUGAUUUAAAUGACUACUUUAGAAUGUCGAAAGCUCUUAUAAAAGUAAUGGUCUACUGUUGUGUUGAAGAGUAUCGUCAACUUGCUCGAGUAGUUUUUGAAAAUUAUUUAAAGAAGCUUGAUUUUGAAGGGAAUUAUAAAAUGUUAUUUUCACUCAUUAAUUCAGAAAAGCACGCAGGGGUGCAGGGUUAUCUUAUUGGAUUAUUUAAAAUGAGGGUAUUAUUGUCAUUAGAAGAAAAAAGGAAAAGUUCUCCUUUUCUUGGAGUUGGAUUAAAGAAGUUUUUAAAAGUAAUCACAGUCUUGCCUAAAAAAGUUGAAACAGAUCUGUUAGAUCACAGUGACUGUGUUGUUGCAUCUCUGAAUCUUCUACGUUUUUUGUUUUUGCGAGAUAAAAAGAUUAAUAAUCUUACUGGCACUUGGAGUUACCUAAAUGAAGUUCAGACUGAAUUCUUACAACCCUUGCGCACAGCACUUCAACUGUCUCAAGCACAUUAUAAGUUGAAGCUUGAGCAAAUAGGAGAGAAGCAGAAGAAAACAUCUGUAAGUAAAACUGUGUAUGUAGAAGGUCAACCCUUACCAAAUCUUCCUGCUAAUGACAAGGAUAUAUUAAAGUCUGCACUUCUGCAAUUUGACUUAAUAGAAAGUCUUCUAGUGAGACUGGAAGAAAUUUGUGAUUUAUAAACUUAAAACUAGUCUUUUUCUCUGCAAAGAACAGCUUUUUGUCUUUCAUUUUUAUCAGUUUGACUAAUUCUAGUGAAAAAUAGUUUCUCAUAUUAUAUACAUAUUCUAUAGUAUUUUAUAUACUCAUAUUAAAGAAAAACAGAAGUGUAAAACCAAAACUUUUAUUGUAAAUAUUUUAUUCCCCACCACUCAUGUACUUCCCUGGAAAUAUGCUUGUAUACACUCAGUACCUUUUCUAAUACACUAUAGUACUGUUUUUGUAUUUGUCAUAUUAAUAAAGUUUUGCAUGAUCAUUCCACUUGCUUCAUAUAUGUAAUGGUUACAGCAUUUGAUUAUGUACUUUAGUGCAAGUUAUAAACUGAUAAAUGCUUGUACUUAUACAGACAAAUAUAAAUUACUUCUCAAUGAACUUGGAUGUGGAAGUAUGAACAUAAUAAAUAUUUCAAAACAAUAUAACUACAAAACAUAAAAUGUUUCUGUUUGAAGAAAAUUCAAAGCUAUUUGUGUGAUACUUUUUACCAUGUGGGUAAGAAUAUUGUGACCUGAAAAAUAAAAAAAACAAUUUGGUCCCAGCAAGGCCCAGUGGUUAGCGUGCUAGACUGCAAAUCCAAGGAUUCAUGGCCAGUUGCUACAAAGCCAUACUCCACGCUGUGGAGUUGUGAAUGAGUUAUUAAGAGUUAAAGUAAAAAUCAACUAUUUGGCUAGAGUAGCCAAAGACUUGGCAGUGGGUAUGUUGUUGAUUAGCUGCCUUCCCUCUUCCCUGUCAGUUCAAAAUAAGGGAUGGCUAUGUACAGGUAGCCCUUGUGUAGCUUUGUGCAAAUAUCUGCAUCAAACAUGCAAGCAACAAAUUAUUUAAGCCUUUUUACGGAUUAUAGUAUGUGCACUUUCAGUUUAAAUACAUCAAACUGUCACUUUUAGUUAGCUGGUUUAACUACUGAUGACCAAGUUUACUAGACUAUCUUCAAUGAUGUUCUAGACCAAAUCCAAAUAUUAUAACACUACAAAAAAAAAAAAGAGACACUUGGUAUAUUCAUAUACCACAUAUGCACUUUUGAGGAUAAAAGUAAUAAUUGAAUGUUUAAACAAGCAGCUAAGGUACAUGUAGAAGGCUGUGACACUCAAAAGUUGUAUACUAGUGGUUUUAUUGCUUUAUGUAAUUCUUUACAAAUAUUGUAGGCCUGAAUUUGACAUGAAAUGUUCCAAGAUGAAAGUAAAAGUGGUUGCAAAAUUAUAAUUUUUAUUCGUUUUUGGUGUAAAACCAACCUUACAUUAAAAAAUAAAAUGAAACGUCUUGUUGUUAAGAGAGAAGUCAUGUGGUAACUCUUCAUUUGAUUUUUCUCUCAACCUUUAAUUGAUAUCUCAAUCUUGUAUAGUGGUCUUGUGCCAACCACAUUGGUUGCUGUUGAGACUUAAGUAUUUUUUGUAUUGGCAAUUGUUGUGAACUGCUAACUUGAAAUUAUUAUUACUAAUUCUUACUUACUGUACAUUAAAAAAAUAGGCAUUGUUUCUCAGAUAUUUGAAUAUUAAUUAUGUUUUAUUUCUCAGUUAUACUUGUUAAAAGAAAAACUGUUAAUUUUGGAAAUAUGUUUUGUAAGCUUGAAGUAAAAAGAAAAAAAGUUUAUUCUGCUUUCAACUCGCAGGAUAUUGUAUUUGUAGCAAGUGUUGUAUUUUUACUGCAUAAAAUCUGAGAUUCAUUAAAGGAUGUAUACAAGUA